GAGAGGCUUAAAGAACGCCAUUGGUGGAGUUGCCCACGGAUCAUCCCCGCCCCAUGUAGGGGGCGGGAGUGACAGCGUCCCAAUUUCCGGUUCCGGCAGCACCGGGGUCCCCGGCGAGAUGGAGGAAGAUGCGACCCGAGGCCAGAAGUCGCGGGGAACAGAGGUUAGAGUGGGAGCUGCGGCUUAGAGGUCCGGGCUUGGACUUCGCCUCAGACGCGGCGGAACCGCCCUGAUCUGAGAAGGUCUUCAGGCACAAUGGAGGACAAGCGCAACAUCCAGAUCAUCGAGUGGGAACACCUGGACAAGAAGAAGUUCUACGUGUUUGGUGUGGCAAUGACAAUGAUGAUCCGUGUCAGCGUCUACCCAUUCACCCUCAUCCGCACCCGGUUGCAGGUUCAGAAAGGCAAGAGCCUCUACCAUGGGACCUUUGACGCCUUCAUCAAGAUCCUGCGAGCAGAUGGGGUGACUGGCCUCUACCGGGGCUUCCUGGUCAACACCUUCACCCUCAUCUCUGGCCAGUGCUAUGUCACCACGUACGAGCUCACCCGGAAAUUUGUAGCAGACUACAGCCAGAGCAACACAGUCAAAUCUCUGGUGGCCGGUGGCUCAGCCUCUCUCGUGGCCCAGAGCAUCACGGUGCCCAUUGAUGUGGUCUCCCAGCACCUGAUGAUGCAGCGCAAGGGUGAGAAAAUGGGCCGCUUCCAAGUGCGAGGGAACUCAGGGGGACAAGGGGUAGUUGCCUUUGGCCAAACCAAGGACAUCAUCAGGCAGAUCCUGCGGGCUGAUGGGCUUCGAGGCUUCUACCGAGGCUACGUGGCUUCACUGCUUACCUACAUCCCAAACAGUGCUGUCUGGUGGCCCUUCUAUCACUUCUAUGCAGAGCAGCUCUCAUACCUCUGUCCUAAGGAGUGCCCUCACAUUGUCUUUCAAGCCAUUUCGGGGCCCCUGGCUGCAGCCACUGCUUCCAUCCUCACCAAUCCCAUGGAUGUCAUCCGAACCCGAGUACAGGUUGAGGGCAAGAACUCCAUCAUCCUGACCUUCAGACAGCUGAUGGCAGAAGAAGGGCCUUGGGGCCUCAUGAAGGGCCUCUCGGCCAGAAUCAUCUCAUCCACACCCUCCACCAUUGUCAUUGUGGUGGGCUACGAGAGCCUCAAGAAACUCAGCCUCCGACCUGAGCUGGUGGAUUCGAGACACUGGUAACCAGUGGCGGGAAGAGAAGCCUGCUGUUUCCCACACUACUCUGGGUCAGGGGCAUAGUGGGAAGGAUAGUACCUUCUCCAAGUGCCCCCACCACAUACCUAGCCCUGCCCUGGGCCAGGUGGCCUGUCUGGGGACAGGGACAGAGACUUUGAACUGCUCUUGCUGAAAAGGCUCCACGCCUGGAUCCCUUGCCCCCAUUAUUUUUAAUUUUCUUGCCAAACUGGGCUCCCUCACUCAGUCCCUGUACUCAGUCCUGCCCUAAGGAAACCUACUCUCCCUACCAAUCCUACUCCACCCCUCCCCUGCUAACCCUUCUUCUGGCUUCCCCUUCAUCUGUGUCCCUGAGAUCCUGAGAAGAGCUGUACGGAGAGCUUGCUUACUACCACUGCUUCUUCCUCUUGGGCUUUCAGCCCAGAUUCCUAGCAGCUGCCAUCACCCGUUUCCUGGUUCAUCUCUUAGGCUUGCUUAUUUUUAUUUUGGGACUGAGCUGCCCACCAGACUACCCUGCUUUUCCCUGCCACUGGGGGCAAGGUGCCAGGCAUUUUUGCACAGGGAGUAGGAGUAGCAAAAACCUCUGGUUCUCCAGAGCACUCGUCCUCUCUUUGGAGAGUUAUUAGGUUGGGGAGAAAUGUUGAUACUUUAUUUUGUGUGUGUAUUUUUUUUAACAUCUGUGAACCAGGCUACUGUCUUAGUCCUGCUAAAGCACCAAUCCUGCAGUCAGAGCCCACCCCUUCCUCACAUAGAUGGAAAAAUGUAAUGUAGUUUUCCCCUCAAUCCCAGUUCCCUAUCCCUUCCAUGUCCCUUCAGGCCCAGCAGGCCCAGGACAUAUAAGCUGUUGGCUUUCCCUGGCCCAGAUGACUCCAGUGGUGGGCACAGUUCUAAGUAGAUCAGGCUGACUGGGGCACAUUGGACUUGGAGCACGACCGUGAAAAGUCAGGUUGAGCGAGUAGUUGAUUUGGAAGUGACAAGUGGGUAUGUGUGCUCCAGCGCAUCUCCCCAGACCAGCAGAGCCAAGCCUAGGAGAGGGCAGUGGAGGUUCUCAGCCCCAGCCAGUCAUGACAUACACAUAUAUACCACAAUCACUUGGACUUACGGAAACAGAUGUUGUUUCACAAUGGGAAUCUCUGAGGUGUGGAACUGUUUGUGUUUCUCUUCUCCCUGAUGUGAAGAGUCAUCCUGGUCAUGGUACCUUCUGGAGGGAUGCUUGGAAGAGAGUAAA